GGCAAGAGUCACUACAUGAUGCAUCGUGUGCUGAUAAGCGAGCUGUUGAAGCACGGACAUGAAAUCACUAUGAUAACGGCACUUACGCUAGAACCAGAAAAAUUGGUCGGCAAUUACACGGAAAUACUCAUAGAGCCGGUUUAUGACUUUUGGUCGGAAAUACACAGCACAUUCGGCGGCAAAACUAUCUAUGACAUGCGCAAUGAAUUGGAUAUAUUCCUGAAAAUGUCUAUGGUUCUGGGCCUCUCAACGACGGAGCAUGCACUGAAACAGCCGAAAAUACAAGCUAUCAUUAACGCAAAGGAAACACAGGGUGUCUAUGAUCUCUUGCUGGUCGAACAAUUCUAUCAGGAUGCAUUCUUAGCCUUGGCACAUGUCUACAAUAUAUCCGUUAUAAGCGCGGCCACAUUUGCACAACAAACAUAUAUGAGUGAAAUGUUUGGCAUUAUAACACCGUGGUCAUACGUACCCCAUGGCUAUCUACCCUUAACGGAACAUAUGAGCUUUUUCGAACGCGUAUAUAACACGUACACCGCAUUGCGCACGGACUUGGACCGCGAGUAUAGGUAUUUUCCGAAAAUGGAUGGGCUGGUGCAGAAAUAUUUCGGACACUUGUCAAUAAAAUUCCCCAGCAUCUCGGAAAUGAAUAGAAACCUUUCAGCCAUACUUAUCAACAAUUAUACGCCAUUGUCGAUAGCUGGACCUACGAUGGACAACAUGAUCAAUGUCGGUGGCAUGCAUAUUUACCCGCCAAAAGCAUUGCCCACCGAUAUACAGCAGUUUUUGAACGGGGCCGAACAUGGCGUUAUUUACUUCAGUUUGGGCAGUCAAGUCCAGAGCAAAGAUAUGCCCAGGGAAAAGUUACGCUUGUUUCUCAAAGUUUUCGGUCAGCUGAAUCAACGUGUGCUGUGGAAAUUUGAAAACGAUAGUCUUCCAAAUUUACCUCCGAAUGUUAUGGUGAAGAAAUGGCUGCCACAAAAUGAUGUCUUGGCACAUCCUAAUCUGCGUGUUUUCAUUUCGCACGGCGGUCUCUUUGGCUCACAGGAAGCAGUGUACCAUGCCGUGCCCGUACUUGGUAUGCCAUUCUACUGCGAUCAGCAUCUUAAUUUGAAAAAAGCUGAAACCAAUGGUUAUGCCAUAAUGCUGGACUUCCACACACUCACCAGUGAGCAGCUAAAAUAUAGCCUUCAUCAACUGCUGCAUAACAGUACAUAUCGCGACAAUAUCAAACGCUUCUCGAACAUUUUCCACGAUCGUCCCAUGGGUCCACGUGAGAAUGCGAUCUACUGGAUCGAUUAUGUAAUACGUCAUAAGGGCGCGCGCCAUUUGCGCUCUGCCGGCUUGGACUUGAAGUGGUACCAAUUCUAUUUGUUGGACAUGAUCGUUCUGGUCGUAGCCGCCGUCGCUGUUGGCAUUGGCGUUCUUGUUCUGUUGGUACGCUGGGUCUUGGGGGAAAUCAGCGGUGAACAGAUCAAGCAGAAAGUGAAUUAG